AUGCGGCCGUCUCCACCGACGAGGGCAGGUCGCAGCCGACGAGGGCCCGUGCGGGCGCGGCCGUCUCCACCGAAUGGCGCAGGGGGCAGCGGGGAACUGGCUGGAGGAGGUGAACGGCAUGGCGCUGGUGCUGCACGACCUCCUCGCCGAGGAGCAGGGGAGGGGCGUCGUACUCCCGCGUCAAUGGCGAGCGGCCAUGGAGGUGGAGGAUCCGAGCGUGGCACCUCGCCGGAGGUGCAGGAGCCGAGCGUGGCCAUGGAUGUGCUAGAGCCGAGUGUGGCCAUGGAUGUGCUGGAGUCCAAGAUCCCCGUCGGCCGUCGUGCUCGUGGCUCCCGAGCUCACCUUGUUCCUCUGCUUCCGCCAUGGAUUGCUUGGAUGCCCAGUCAUCAGUGUCAGUGGGCACCCAGUUCUGCUUCAGACCUUCAGUCCUCUCCCUUCUCGUAG